AUGCAGAGUAUUAAGUGUGUGGUUGUGGGGGAUGGUGCUGUGGGUAAGACUUGCCUGCUCAUCUCCUACACCACCGGUGCCUUUCCCAAGGAGUACAUCCCCACCGUGUUCGACAACUACAGCUCCCAGGUGACUGUGGACGGCCGGACCAUCAGCCUGAACCUGUGGGACACGGCCGGACAGGAGGAGUACGACCGACUACGCACCCUCUCCUACCCUCAGACCAACGUCUUCGUCAUCUGCUUCUCCAUAUCCAGUCCCCCGUCUUACGAGAACGUCAAGCACAAGUGGCACCCCGAGGUCACGCACCACUGUCCCAACGUGCCCAUCCUGCUCGUCGGCACCAAGAGCGACCUGCGGAACGACCCGGAAGUGCAGAGGAAGCUGAAGGAGCAGAACCAGACGCCGGUCACGCACCAUCAGGGCACGGCGCUGGCCAAGCAGAUCCACGCCGUCAAGUACCUGGAAUGUUCCGCGCUCAAUCAGGACGGCAUCAAGGACGUGUUUGCUGAUGCGGUGAGAGCUUUUCUCAACCCACAACCCGUGGUGAACAAACGGCACUGUGUGCUUCUCUGAGACUGGACCAGCUCAUUUAAACUAAUGAGAGAGAGAGAGAGAGAGAGAGAGAGAGAGAAAGUGAAAUGCCAACCUGUGGUAACACUGCAUUGUUCUGUGUAGAUUGUGAGAUAAACAGAUUAUAAGAAA